AUGUUGUUUUGUCUGAGUUACAACUGGAACACUUGGCUAGUCAAGGGAAACCUCUUGGUGGCCUGUAUUCUGACCUUGCUUAUUAUGGCGAGCGGCACGAACGCUCGGCCUAAUCCACACAUGCACCGCAUCGAUGCACGAAAUCACUUGAGGUCCAUCCGCAGUUCCCGAAACACCAGUAAUGGCAUCUGGCAACCGAAGGUUGGAGCUAAGUGGCAGAUCCAGCUGGUCAAUCCCGUCCAAGACAUUUCAAUGGGCGCAGAUAUCUUUGAUAUCGAUCUAUUCGACAACACGGCGGCCACCAUUUCCAAAAUCCACAAGACCGGCGCUAAAGCCAUUUGCUACUUCUCGGCCGGAAGUUAUGAGGAUUGGCGCCCUGACGCCAGCAAGUUUUUGGAGUCAGAUAUGGGCGAUGAGCUGGAUGGUUGGCCGGGCGAGCGAUGGCUGAAUGUAAAAUCGGCUAACGUCCGCACGAUCAUGAAGUCCCGCCUUGAUCUUGCAGUUAAAAAGGGCUGUGAUGGUGUCGACCCCGACAAUAUUGAUGCUUACGGGAACGACAGCGGUCUCGACCUGACCAAAGCCAAUUCGAUUGAUUACGUGAACUUUCUGGCUUCUGAGGCGCACUCUCGUGGGCUGUCAAUUGGGCUCAAGAAUGGGGGUGAAAUCAUUCCGGAUGUCAUUGGGAAAAUGCAAUGGUCUGUGAAUGAGCAAUGUGCCCAGUAUGACGAGUGCGACGUCUAUGCUGCCUUCACAGAGGCCAACAAGCCUGUCUUUCAUAUCGAGUAUUCAGGCGAGAUUGAUUCUAAACGUCGGCUCAUGGCCCGUGUGACCAACUCAGAGAAGUCCACGGCUUGUAACGCUCCCAACUCCGAGAAUUUCUCGACUGUGAUCAAGAACAUGGACCUCGAUGCCUGGGUUGAGUAUUGUUAG